AUGAAAAUAGCGAUAGUAGUAGCUCUAAUCUCAAUUUUUCAAAUUUACCACCAAGCCGCCGCCUCGGCCUUGUCGCUCCUCCACUUUGGCCUGACUAAUUUCCAAUUAUCUCUAAUUUCCGCCACUUUUCCGCUGGGGAAACUGGUCGGAACACUUUCGGUCGUAUCACUGUACAAAAGCUUUACAAAUCGACAUUGUUUAGACUUCAAUGCGCAUCUACUGUUCGCUGGAUGUGCGUUGCAGCUAUUGCCGAGGUAAACUUUAUUAAUUUUUUUGGGGUAGAUUUUAGGGGGUGGAUUUUUUGGGUAUGGUCAUAUUUUUGGACGGGGUAGAUUUUAUUGAAGCGGUGGAUUUUUAGAUAUGGUGAGAUUUUUUGGGUGGGGUAGAUUUCAGGGGGUGGAUUCUUAGGUAGGAUGAGAUUUUUUGGGUGGGGUAGAUUUCAGGGGGUGGAUUCUUAGGUAGGAUGAGAUUUUUUGGGUGGGGUAGAUUUCAGGGGGUGGAUUCUUAGGUAGGAUGAGAUUUUUUGGGUGGGGUAGAUUUCAGGGGGUGGGAUGUUGGGUACGGUGAGGUAGAUUUUAGGGGAUGGGUUUUUGAGUUUCGUGGGAUUUUCGGGCGGGGCAAGUUUUAUGGGACGGAUUCUAGUUAUGGUCUUAGAUUUUCGGGUGGGGUAUAUUUUAGGGGGCGGACUCAUAUGGUAGAUACGGCAGAAUUUGGUCUAGGUAGAGAUUUUCUAAGGAGGGGAUUUGUAGAGGUACUGUAGAGUACGGUACUGAAGAUUUGAUUAGUAUACGGUAGGUUGAGGUAAGGUAGGGUAACGUAGGGUAGGGUAGUGUAGGAUAAGGUAGGGCAUGGUGGGGUAGGGUAGGGUAGGGUAGGGUAGGGUGGGGUAGGGUAGGGUAGUGUAGGAUAAGGUAGGGCAGGGUAGGGUAGGAUAGUGUAGCGUAGGGUAUGGUACGGUAGGGUAAAGUAGGGUAAGGUAAGGUAAGAUAGGGUGAGGUAAGGUAAGGUUUGGUAGAGUAUGAUAUAAUAUAAGUUACUGUAACUUUUAGCUACAUCUUCUUCUGCCUCGGCCGCUUCAUCGCAGGUAUUGGAGUAGGUAUAGGCUUCGUAUCAGCUCCAAUAUGUAUCAAAGACAUGACCAGUUAUCAUGAACGGCCGAAAAUCUUCUUCCUGGCCGCAGUCAUCUUCUCUGGCAGUGCUGUCUUCUCCUCGAUUCUACCAUUCUUCAAAGGUAUUCACUAUAUGACAUUUUGUUUUUUGAUGACAUUACCAUCGUUUGGAGCUUGUGUACUGUAUUACAAGUACCGAGACUUAUAUAUCGAGCCGAUCAAAGAGGAAUUUGAGGACGAGUAUGUGGAGAGUAUGUCGACUUACGUGCUGUUUAACCCGAGGUUCUUGGCUUAUACUUUGAUGGUCAUCAAUGCGGUAGGUUAAUAUAGGUUGACAUAAUGAUUGCGGUAAUGGGUACUAGAAUGGUAGGUAGGGUGACAAUUUAAAAAAAUCCAAUGAUGUGGGUUGAAAAAAAUAUUUUAAGUUUGUUUUCAAGGUAAAAUACGGCCAUGAUACCACGGUAAACAGGAUAUAAUAAAAAUAAGAUUAUACAGUAUUACUACAGUAAACUCAAAAAUUAAAAAAUUUUGAAAAAAUUGUAAUUUGACGUUUGUAGAGGAGUUAAAAUACUGUCUCUUUACAAAUUUUGGAUUAGUUACCUUUUAUAUCAAAAAAGGUAUGGCAAUUUGAAAAAUGGAAAAUUUGGUUUUCAAGCGGAUUCGACCUUUUUUCAUUUUUCGUCGUUUAUCAGCUAUUAUAACAUAAUUUAAAAACAAGAUACGAACCUACAAUUUUGUGAUUAGGUGUAUCUUUUUACGCUUUAUAAAAUACAUAGUUUUGAUUUUUUUGAAAAAAUAAUUUAUUGUUUUGGUAAUAUGGGUAUGUUUAACUUACUGUAACUUUGAAAUUUUGAAAUAUUUUUAAAAGUUUUCUGUUGUGGUAGUAGCUCAUAUUACUGUUGUUAUUUGUGACGAAUUUUAAAUUAGCACCUAUUUUAAAAAAAAAGUUAUGACAAAAUUAAGUUUUGUUUGCCGUAAAAUUUUGAAAAAUGAUGGGUACGGUAAAUUUACCGUAACUUUAAAACCAAACACAAUUUUCAAAGUUUUUCUGUUGCAACGUCUUCAAAAAACCCUUGCCUACCACUACCCAAAUUUUCACAUUUAUACCUUUUCAGACAAUCGGUGUACCAGUGAUAUUAUCCUACUCAUCAGUCAUAUUCAACCACCUUAAUAUACCACCACACAAAUCAGCUGUCCUAUCGAUGCUGUACCCAUUAGUACAAGUGUUUUGUCUGUACGUGGCCAGUCAGAUGGACAAGAGUGUCACCAGACGUAUGAUGGUAAUUGUCGGCUUUGGCAUUUGUUUGGCGGCGUUUUUUGCACUUAUGCUAACGCAGGUACGUUUUGAGGGGGGAUGAUGGGUAUGUUGGGAUGGAAGUAACAUUUUAUGUUAUAAGGGGUGUUGAAAUGCAUAUUUUAGUAUAAUACGUUAUAAUAGUUUACAUUUUAGGUUUAGAGACUAAAAAAAGGCAUUUCCAAAGAAAAAAGUAGGCCUGCAGGCUGCGGCGGACAUUUUAUACGAUGAAAAAUGUUUCUGUAUUUUUAGAUUAUGGUACAGUAGGUUAAGACAGGGUAGAGUAUAGCAUUUUAGAGUAGCUUGUGGUAGGGUAUGGCAUUUUAGGGCACGGUAAAGUACGGUAUAAUAGGGCACGGUAUGAUACGGUAGGUCACGAUAAGGUACAAUAAAGUAGAGGAAGACAAGAUAAUGUAGGGUAGGGUACGGUGGUGGCAUGUUAGAGUACAGUAGGAUUCAGUAGGGAAGGGUAGAACAGGUUAGGGUCGGGCACGGUAUCGCGCGGUAGUGUAGUAUAGGGUAGGGUAUGGUAAUUAGGGUAGGGUAGGGUAAGGUAGGGUUGAGUACAUUAUAGUAAGGUACGGUAUAGUUUUUACUGUAUACUAUAUCUAUCACAAGUCACGUUUCAGGCCUUCAGCACGUUGGACGCUUCGCCCGAAUUCAAAGCCAUGGCCAGCGCGUUCUGGUUUAUAAUUUUGGCUGGUAUUAUGGCCGUACCAUGUAAUUCCGGAUUGUGUAUUAUUAGCGGUAAGUUCGUACAACUUAGUAUUACAAAUACUCGGUAUUUUACUGUAGGCAUGUGAUUUGCAGUACAAGGUGUGGGUUUUUGGUCACUUAUAAAGUGGCAGUAGAGGGGGGGGGGUGUAAGAGGGGGUAGGGUAGGAUAAGGUAUUGUAAAGUAGGGUAGUAUACGGUAUAAUACGGUAGGGUAGGACAAGACUGGACAAGGCAAGACACGAAAGGGCAGUGUACGGGCAGGGCAAUUUAGGAGUGGGCAGGGCAGAUCAUGGCAAAGUAGGGCAAGGCAAGGCAGGGCAUGACAGAACAGGGCGGGACAGAGUGACUGGUAGUUUACAGUAAGGUUUGUAAAGUACGGUACGUUAGAGUAAGGUACGGUAGAGUAAGGUACGGUAAAGUAAGGUACGAUAGGGUAGGUUAGGAAAAGUUUAUACUAAAUAGUACGGUACUGUAAUGUUUUUUUUUCCAAGUAUCAGUACUAAAAAAACAUGUUAUGCCAUUCUGGUCCUAUAAUUAUAUUGUGCAGAACGUGUGUCAUAUCAUAAUUAAUGUCACUUUAACAUAUCUUGUUUGCGUUUAAAGCUUUAUAUAAUAACAUAUUAUAGUAAGCGUUAGUCAGAAUAUUCUUUGUACGUCAAUGAAGCCGGUAAAACGACAAUUUGUGACAUAAAAUACAGUAGGGUUACUGAGUAAAAGAUUGUUGUCGUGUUGUGACAAUCUAUGUCAUAGGUACGGUAUGACGGUGGUUAUACAAUCAAAGGUACUAACUAGUACUGUUAUCAAAAACAAGAAUAUUAACGUCAUUGCUAACUAAUAAGUAAUCAUGGGUCUAAUCAAUGAUAACAAAAGCGGAGGAGGCAAAGCAACUUGUCAUUAUCGGACUGUCACUACUUUAAUGUUAUUUUGUCGGCGGUACAAUGGUAAUAUUGUUACUGUAUAGCUAUCACCGUGCUGUAAAAACUAUAAGAUCAUGAUCAGCUGUGACAGUAUGCUUAUUAGAAAUCAAAAAUGGCAAAAACUUUCUUUACAAAUCUAAAAAAGACAAUAACAUGUAUUCUUCGUAUAAAUUGUCGACCGCAGGCUGCAACAAUCAAAAAACACACUUUUGUUGAGAGAAAUGGCAAGAAAUUUCUUUACAAGAAGUUACAAUGGUAUUGUUGUUACCGUGCUGCUAUCAUCUUACUGUUAUGUUUGUACUGUACUGUGGUACGAUCAUAGCUAGUACUUGUGUGAUAGUACUAGUACUGCUGUACUGUUUCUAUUGUGCUACGCGUGUUUGUAUUGGUAUUAGUUGUACAAGCAUUAGUGUACAUGAUUAAUGUUUUCCAUAGCAAAAAUAGGUAUAAACUGAUGAUUGAGAUUGUAAACUAUUAUUAUAAUACAUAAAAAAUGGCAAAACAUAACAAAUCAAAGAGCAACAACCACAAAUAACAUAAAUAUCAACUGGGGCUAGGGCUAAGACUAGGGUUAUUAGAUAAUGAUAGGACUAGAGCUAGAAUUGGGCUGGGCUAGUCUAGGAUAGGCUCGAUUGGGCUUGACUAGGCUGGUCUGGGCUAGGCUCAACUGGGCAUGGCUUGGUUGGGGUUGAGCUGGACUUCUCCUCACUCAUCUUAGGUGAAGUCCAGCUAACCUAGGGCUGGGCUGAACUAGGCUGAGCUGAACUAGGCUUUUCUUGGCUGGGCUUGCCGUGGAUUGUCUUGGCUUGGCUUGGCUAGGCUAGGCUGGUCUUGACAUGGCUUGGCUGCGCUGGGCUAGUCUUGGAUUGACUUGGCUGGACUGGACUAGACGGGGCUGGUCUGGACUUUUGUUGGUUUGGCUUGACUGGGCUGGGUCUAGGACUAGGGUAUAACGUUUUAAAACGUAAUAAUAUGCAAGCUUUAGAGUUGUUUACAUCAAGAUACGCUUUGUUUCGAGGAGUCGCCUACUCACGUGCCAUCUUUUGGUUCUUAUCAGCUGUGAUGUAGGUUUUGUUAUAAAACUAACUUUAUAAUAAUAACGUACUAUCUUAUACUUCAAAGGUACACCGUAAAAAUAAAAAUUAAAGAUCCUAUCGUAGCGAGACUGUAUUUUACAAAAUUUCAGCACUUCAACGUUUCUGCCAAUGUUAGACGCAGGCUCUCUGUUUACAGCACUAUUACCAUCGUUUGUUAUAUCACUAAUUUGUUAUGUGUACAUUUGCAUGCUUUUACCUGAUGAUCUAGAACAUAGAGGAGUUUUAGGCAGUCCAAUUGCUAGUAGUUAUGGCGCUUUGAACAUCAUGUAUUGA